AUGUUCCAUUCCGACUAUAAAUAUAUUAUUGAUAGACUACCCGAAAGUCUUGUCAAGAGAGUGUGUGAGAGACUCUUGCACCAUUCUAAAGACUCUGUUCUACUAGAAUCUAUUUCCAGAAAGUCUGAACGAAUUGAAUCUUAUUUGAGGCACACAUUAGAGGUUUAUGAGAUUUUGUUAAAUAAGAAGAAACAUAAAACUAUGGCUCAGGAAAAAUUAUUGCGCCCACGAAGCUGGCCAGAAUAUAAUGUAUUUUUAGCAUUACUAGCUAUAUACGUUACAGAUAAUGGAGUCCAGACUGAAGAAAUAGUCCAUGAUCAUGAGGAAGAGAAUAAUCGUCGGGUGAUGAAUAAGCUUAAAGUGCUAUCUCAGCACCUGCUCGAUUAUAAUAGACGAUCUUUUGGAAAAUUCAUGCAAGAUAUAGAAAGGGGAUAUAGAGAGCAGGUUACUGCAAAUAAAAGAUUACGAUGUAAAGUUGAGGAUCUGAAGAUGCAGGUGCAGGAGGCAGAAAAGGAACUGGCAUCUAUGAAGUCGAAUUCUUCUCAUUAUGAAUUGCAAACAGAAGUAGAUCUUAACCGCCAGAAUGAAAGUCGAAUUAACCAACUGGAGCGAGAUUAUUUCUGGUGUGAACAAGAAAUCCAAGUUCUCAAUAGGGAAAUAGAGCGUCUUGAGAAUGCUUCGGAAGAGAAGAUAGCAGAGCUAAAAUCUGAAAUUUCCAGUCUAAAAAAUAAGCUAUGUCAGGCCAAAAAGGAUGUGUGUAAUAAGGAAAAAUAUAUAUCUACCUUAGAAAAUCGGUUGGUAGAAUCCGAAGAGCAGGUAUAA